AGGUUUUCACUUCUAUCCGUAUUUUCUUAAAUAUCGCGCAUUUUCACAUUAUUCUCCAGUUAUUCCUUUUAUUUGUUAACGGGGUAUGGCUCCUGAGUGUUUCUGAUUAAAUAGAGUAUCGAAAAAGGACACGAAAGGGGAGAAAGGACGUUACUAAAAAUAGAUUAUUCGCCGAUGUACUUGUAGGAAAAUCUAGUGAGCAUCCCAUUCAUAAAACACAUUCAUUUCGUUCUGGGCAGUGAAGGUGCAUAGAUCGGGAAGCGUCUUUUCAGUGAAUGAAUAUUGUAAAUUAUAUGUGAACAUUCGUUAAACGCGCUCGUUACAUUUCGGAUUUUCUCCAACUACGAAAGCAGAACCAAUCAAGUGGAAAAAUGGCGACGGAAGGAGGACUGGCGCCAAGCAGCGAUGAUAUGCCAGUGGGUGGACCAAAAACACCACAACAGAUCGCCGCACAGCGUCGCUUGCAACAGACGCAGGCACAAGUGGAUGAAGUGGUCGAUAUAAUGAAAACAAACGUGGAGAAGGUAUUGGAGAGAGAUCAAAAGCUCUCAGAGCUCGAUGAUAGAGCAGAUGCGCUACAACAAGGCGCCUCACAGUUUGAACAGCAAGCCGGAAAACUUAAAAGCAAAUUCUGGUUGCAGAACCUAAAGAUGAUGAUAAUUGCAGCUGUCAUUGGAAUCAUCAUUUUGGCUUUAAUCAUCGGUCUGUAAACACCAUCAAGAAGGAUUGAAGCCGAGGUACCUAUUCCAUCAGCAUCCCGUUUCGGCACCGCGUCGUGUAAAAAUUAUACUUACUGUAACGUUUUUUUUAUUAGAAAUUAGUAUUGUUGAGCGUUUUUUGAAUUAAUCGAAACAAGUUUCGGAAUUUUAAGUCUGUGAAUUCUAUUUCAUUAUAGAUUUAUAUAUUUAUAGAUAUUUUGAAAUCACUCGUCCUGUAUAAUACGACUCCUUAAGUCUACUAUCAGCUGAUCUAUAAAGAACAAAAUAAUUAGAGUAUUUUUAGAGAAUCUUUCUUUGUUAAAAUAUUUACCUUAUGAAAUUGGUAACAACAUAAAAAUGCUAUUUGCUAUACAUAUUAUAGAUACCUAAGGCUUAUCGAAAAUAAACCAUAUCUUGUAAUUUUAAAUUGUGUUCAAAAUGAGAUGGAUAUGUUGUUAUGUAAAUUUUGAAUUGAAACUUCUUUUAAGUCAUGGGGAAAAUGUUUUGAAAUGUGUAGCGAAAAACUAAUUCGUAGAACGCAUAUAAGUCUUUGUGUGAAUUAAAGGAUGACAGAGGACCCUAAGUAGAUGGGUUAAAAUUUGCCGAUAUAGCAUCCGGAAAACGGUGCAAGCAAUCUUGUGUAUCGUUAAGAGCUUAUAAACCCUAAAGAAGUUUCACUUCAUUUGCGUGUCCACGCUUAAAUUCGGAUAAACGCUUUUUUUUUUAAUUCCUUCUAUUUGGACCAAAGUUUCUAAUGUUCGAUUGUUAGUUACCGCAUUUAUUUUUGUACUUCAAUAUAUUUCUUAUUCUGUCGUCUGUUUAGGGGAAAAGAGAGCCAUAGCAAUAGAAUGAAUCGUACAUUUAAUAAUAUCUAAAUAGAUAUUUUUUUUAAUGCGUUAGAUUGGUGCCGAAUUUAAAAAUUUAUUUUAGAAUUUGAUGAUUCUUGAGAAAGUUUAUCGGUUGUAAAACAUCACGCUACAAGUCACAACCCAAACAAUCAAAGCAUAAGCGCUGAAGCGAAAUGCGAAGCGGUGGGUUGAACACAAGGAAUAGCCGAUUAAAUAUUGUAUGGGAAACAAUCAAAAAGUUAAUAACAAAACUCAUUAGUUUUAACUAUUGACAGUCGACCCUGCUUUCUGAGUCCGUGGGUUCGAUUCCCACAACUGGAAAAUGGUUGUGCAUAGGAAAGAAGCCAGUCUUAUAGGAAAACAGAAAUUCCACGCAAACGAAAUCUUGUAUACCCAUACCUACUGGUUACUGGCUUCUAAAGUAUAUUUAUAAGUUGUGUAGCAGUUUAUCUAGAUACCUUUUUUCUCUUUUUUUUUGUUUUAUGUAAAUAAUUGAAAAUCAUAUGUAGAUUAUUUUGAAUGUACGAUCCACUAUCUAUUGCAGCUUAAUGCGUCACGCCGCGCCGUAUUGAAUCUUUCACAUUUUUCCAUAUCAAUUUUGCUAAAGCGUAUAAAAAGCGGUGUGAUGUCCCUUGGUGUGACAACAGCUUUAUAGUCGAUGUUUGAUACCAACCUAUAUAGAUUUCUUUGACUGUUGCUUAUGAUAUUUUUAUAACCACUUUUAGAUGUUGAAUAGGUACAUAGAUUGUUUGUAAAAAAAUAUUAAAAAGCUGGUCCAUUCCAAACUAUUUUAGGCUAAAUUUUCCUCGUUAUAUUUUUCUAUUCCAGUCACCAAUGGUAUUUUAAAGGUUCGUUAGCGGUAAAGGCCGACUGAAGCCCUGACAUUAGUUGCUACCAUACCUUCCCGACCUCUGAGGCCGACAUUAACCGGGACGAACUUAUUUAGUAAUACAGAAGUAAGAUGAAUAAGACCUUUAACAUACAAUUUAACCUAGUGACUUCUUCCGCUGAGAUGAAUUCCAUGGCUUUAGGCAUCAUUGGAUCCCGCGUCUUCUCCACUUUUGAUGGUUGGUAUGUCGAAAGCAUUCCACCACAGUUGUCUGGGUUAACGAUUUCACCUUAUCUGUCCAACGAGUAGGUGACCGCCCUUUUGCCCUUUUUCCUUCAACCUGUCCUUGUACCACCAAACGUUCAAUCGAACCCUCAUUCCUUUAGAUCUGGCCAAAAAACUUGACGAUUUGUAAAUGCACCGUCGACGAAAGUCGUUCCUUUUAUUCAGUUCUUUCAAAAUGGAAUUGUUGGUGCGGAAUACCUAGUACCUACAACUUUCAAUACAACUACAUAUUAGUUUAUUUCAAACAGGUCUACAAGCUCACUGGAAAAUUUUGGAAAUAAGUAGGAAAUAGGGAAAUAAGAUAUUUUGUCUUUUAUUCCUCCUUAAUGCGUACUAUCCACACUAACAUUGCGCAGUGCGUCUGUUUGUUGGUGUAUUUGUUCCGCUUGGACAAGAUAUCUUUUUGAACCGCUUGGAUAAGAUACGGAUUAGGAUAUUUUUCAUCACUGAAAAACUAAUAGUUUUCAAAAAAAACUGGUGAAUACGUGGGCUAAGCUGCAAGAUAUAGGUAAUUGUAUACGUAAGUGGCUGUCCAGAUGUUGGAAAGGUGUGGUACACUAUAAACAAUGGAGUCUUUCAUCGGAUUGGAUGGUAUGAAUUGCUGUAGAUAGAGUACCGAAAUUCUAAGUAGCCACAAUUUGUAUUAACCUGGCCCUUCUAUUCUGUAACUUUUUUUACAGUUGCUAAUCGGUAGAGACCUCUAACCCCUUAUACAAAGCUUGCGAUGAGUUCACAAGCGCUACUCAUUAAUUUUGUAUGGAAACAACCAAUUGACAAUGUGACAGAAAGUAUUUAGAAAAUCAGACCUGGUCUGUCGGGUGACAACCGUGGAGCAUGUCUUUUAUUACAGAAUAUUUUAAACCUACGGUUUAUUAUUUUAUAGAAAUUGUCUUUAAUACUUAUAACUUUAUUUUUACCAAAAAGCAAAAGCAAGUCUAUUUUCAAUUUAGCAAAUCGUAUUUACCACAUAUUAAUGUUGCACGCAAAACUCUAACCUAAUGAUAUAUAAUGAUUGACGUAACAUAAAAUGAAGCUGUAGUUCAUCUCAGAGUACAAUAGAUUUGGUGUAUUGUUUAAUAAUCGUAGAAUCUACUUAUCUAUUACCACUUAUAUUUAAACAACAAGUUUUAUUCGGUGUUCUUUAUACUAUACAAUUGAAUUAUAAUUACAUAUAAGUAUGCUAUUUAUGUUAAUCGCAUCAAUUUAUUUGUGUAAAAUUGUAUGUAGGUAUAUUUAGCUAAUUUGUUAUAUAUUUAUCAUGUGGUAUAGCUUUUUAGUUAGUCAAUGGGCUUAAUUUGAUUGUAUACAAAUCCUUACCAGACCGGUCCAAGAGUAGCAACGUCCUUUUCCUUUUCUUUCUGUAAGAAAAGGAUGGC